CGAGCUCCAGUAUGGAUGCGCUGAAGAAAGGAUUCUCCAUGGCUAAGGAGGGAGUGGUGGCUGCUGCCGAGAAGACCAAGGCCGGGGUGGAGGAGGCAGCUGCCAAAACCAAAGAGGGGGUCAUGUAUGUAGGCACAAAGACAAAGGAAGGUGUUGUGACGAGUGUAAACACAGUGGCCCAGAAAACGACUGAGCAGGCCAAUCUCGUGAGCGACAGCGCUGUGGCUGGAGCAAAUCAGAUGUCAGAAAAGACGGUGGAGGGGCUGGAGAGUGUGGUUGCAUCCACUGGCCUGGUCAAACCGGAUGACCUGGAGAACACUGAGGGGGAGAUAUCGAAGCAGGAGGGAGCUGUGGAGCAGCCUACAGACGCCGGACAGUAGCUUUUUGUCGCGCUGAACAUCCCUGUGACGCUCUGCUUCUCGCUUAAGAAGAGAGACUUCAUUUUCUGCUAAGGGCCGUGGCUGAAUAUUAUCAUACUAAACCUCUGAUGGACGCUAAAUAAUAUCCAACUUCACACACACACACACACACACACACACACAAAAAAACAAAGGCACCCAAAUCUCUCUCUUGCUUUGUCCUCACAAACAACCUCUACUCACCUCACUUUACCACUUUUCCUCACAUAAACCUAUCCUAUUCACAAGAAAAAAAAGCUCAUGUAACCACACAGUAUUAUUUAGCUAUGCAAUAUUCACAUAUACUGUGCAGUGCGUUAUCAGAUUUAUGCAAACAUUACAUGCAUGUGCUUGUGAUCCGGACCUUUUUAUAAAGGCAAUGUCUAAAACCAGUUUUCCUCCUCCCAAAGGCUGUGAGGUCUAGAUGAUUUCUCACACAGUCAGUGAGAGAGCGGUUUUAAAACAUUCUAGCCCAAACACACAGUCAGUGUAGUAUCUGAGACAGUUUUCGAAACAGAAUCACAGAUAGGUAAAUCCUAAGGAAAGAGGGCAUCUGAAGUCUGUAAAGCAUGAAGGUGGCUGGGUAAAUCGGUUUCGGUAUUACCCUAAAUUGUGGUUAUAGAGUGAUAGGGUUUUUAGUAAGGCUCUUAUAUGUGGUUUUCUAUAGCAGCCAUUAUAAACAACCCACAAAACCUGCGAAUGACGUCAGAGCAGUUGCUAGGACACAUGAGUUGUUUGUGGAAGCUAUGUAUGCUGCCUCACGACUACACUUUAACUGAUCCUAUUCACGCACUUGACUCCCGCAUUGUUCCCCGCAAAGUCUAAAAACAGCUUUUUAUUUUUAAAUAUACCAUCUGUAAUAAAUUCAGUUUUGUGAAAAACAAA